CCGCAAUUCCAUGUAACAACAAGAUGUCGGUCCCACGGGCGCGGUUACUGCAACUUGUGAAGGCUCGUUGUGAGCUCUUCUCGACGACUUUCAAUCCCGAAGGCGUCCGGACCGGUAACAAGAUCCUGCGCCAGCGACUCAAGGGCCCGGCACUUGCAGCCUACUAUCCCCGCAAGAACGUCGGUAUCCGCGAGCUCCAGAAGGAAUUCGCUCCUCUUGGUCUUGAGGUGGACGAUGAGAUCGAUGAUGAUCGCUUGGAGCACUUGGCAGCUCUGAGAGCCCGCGACAAGGGAGCGCCCAAGAAGAAGAGGACAGCACCCUCUGCGGCCGAUUCGAAGAAGAAGAAAUAAGAUACGACGUCCCGAAAACAGAACUACACGACUUAUACAUGUAUUAUAUAGUGGGCGGAUUAGAAUCAUAUACCCCAAUACUUGGCGUUCCUCUGGCAGUUGGUCCAUUUCCUUUCCGAUUCAUUCGUUCGGUACCCGGUGACAUAACAUCUUCCAUCUGGCGAAGUGUUGUCCAUGACUUCCCAUGGUUAGCGACACCCCCUACACCUGGCUUUC